UGCUGCUUCCUGCACUCUCCGGGCCACCAUGCUGCUGUUCCGCGUGCUGGAGAAUUUACGCGCGUGGACUGAAGUCUCGGCGCGUAACCGACACUGGACCAGCAUUGUCGGGCUGUCAGUGAGAUUUUCCAGCACUAAAGCUGCUCCGCGGUACCGAAGAAUGGACUAUCAGGAUGCGGUUUGCACCCUCAACACCCUCCAGACGAAUGCCAGCGCUCUGGAGCAGGUGAAGCGAGAGCGGGGACAUCCUCAGCUCCAGCUGCAGGCCAUGAGGGGCUUUCUUCAGCGAGCAGGACUCAAGGUAGAAGAACUGGAUCGUCUUAAUAUUAUUCAUGUAACUGGAACAAAAGGAAAGGGAUCAACAUGUGCCUUCACAGAAAAGAUUUUGAGAAACUAUGGCUUCCGCACUGGAUUCUACAGUUCUCCUCAUUUGGUGCAAGUGAGAGAGCGGAUCCGAAUCAACGGUCAGCCAAUAGGAAAAGAGCUUUUCACCAAAUACUUCUGGCAAGUGUAUGGACGACUGGAGGAGACAAAGGAUGCCCAUGGUGGCAGCAUGCCUGCUUAUUUCCGCUUUCUCACUAUCUUGGCCUUCCACGUCUUUCUUCAGGAGAAGGUUGAUUUGGCCGUUAUUGAGGUCGGGAUUGGUGGAGCGUACGACUGCACCAACAUUAUCAGGCGUCCUUGGGUGUGCGGUAUCUCGUCUUUAGGUAUCGAUCACACUAGCAUUCUGGGAGACACCAUUGAGAAAAUCGCCUGGCAGAAAGGAGGGAUUUUUAAGCCUGGAGUUCCUGCGUUCACAGUCAAACAGCCUGACGGGCCGAUGAAAGUGCUUCAGGAGAGAGCAGAAGAAGUUGGGUGCUCGCUGUCGGUGUGUCCAGAUCUGGAUGAGUACGAGAGCGAGGGUUCCCUCAGCUUGGGGUUAGCUGGUCAGCAUCAGCGCAGCAACGCGUCUUUGGCUCUUCAGCUCUCACACACAUGGCUGCAGAGACACAUCCUCACAGAUCCAGCGUCUCCAGUGGAGUUCAGCGGUGUGAGUUCAGCUCCAGCGUUUCAGCCCAGUCCUGCAAUGAUCAAAGGUCUUGCGGAGACUGAGUGGCCUGGACGCAAUCAGACACUAAAACACGGUCCUGUGACCUAUUACAUGGAUGGAGCUCAUACCACACGCAGCAUGCAGGCCUGUGUGCGCUGGUUCAAUGAGGUCGCAACACAACACGAGAGGAACGCAGGAGGUUCAGUGCUGAGGGUUCUCUUAUUCAACGCUACAGGAGAGAGAGACUGUGCCGCCAUGCUCAAACUGCUGGCACCCUGUCAUUUUGACUUUGCUGUGUUUUGUCCAAACAUCACAGAGGCCAUCGCGUCCUGUAAUGCAGACCAACAGAACUUCAACGUUUCUGUGGAGAACAUGCUGACCCGUUGCCUGGAUAACCAGCAGAGUUGGCGCGUCCUAAAUGGACAUGAGGAGAAGCCGGAGGCAGAGCUUCUGAUUGGCGGAGGCCUGCCAUUGGUUGCUGAGCGUCACGGGGACACCCUGGUAUUCCCCUGCAUCCUCAGCGCCCUGCAGUGGAUCAGUCAGGGUCGAGACUCAGUCCUGGCAGACGCAAACAAACACACAAUACCUGUCAAGCCUAGCAUAAACGCUAAAGCUGCGCCGCUUCGAGAGGCCCAGAACAUACACGUCCUCAUCACAGGCAGCUUACACUUGGUGGGAGGAGCCUUAAAACACUUGGAUCCCGCUUUAAACUCUUAAUACACUCUUCUCCAGUGUCAGACUUGCAGAAAGUGCGCCACCUAGUGCCUAAAAUCUUACUCACAGCUCAGUAUUACUGCUAAUCAUCAAGGUGUUUUUCUAAAAUUCCUACUUUUAUAGUACGUCGGACCAAUUUGGUUUUGUAAAAGGCACAUCAAUCCAAAUCUACUUGAGCUGCUCGUGUUUACUUGGAUUUGACGUACUUGGUGCAUUGAGUUCAUAUUUCUGUUUCAUUUUUUACACUACAGUUUGUUUUAAACCAGUGUCUUUCUCUAAAAUGACAGUGAGAGGUUGCCUGUCUGUCAGUGUUUGUGGUAUUUUUAUUAUUGCACUGAUGAAUAAUGUGCCAUAUAUAAAACACUGUUCUCUAAUUAUGUAGUAAUAUAUGAUUUCUUACUCAUGCAUGGGGAAAUUUGCCUUUAUACAUGCAAAAAGAUGAUGUUCAGUGCAUGUAAACACUGAGGUUUCCACAUUUGUUCAUGCCACAUAAACACGUUGAAUUUGUUGUCUAUAUAUAUAAUAUACAUCAAAUGAUUUUUCAAUGAAAUCUGACUUUUUACAUUUGUAAUGACACUGUUUUGUAGUAUUUUAUGUUCUAAUAAGUGUAUAGCUCAGGGGUGUCCAAUCUCAGUCGUGGAGGGCCGGUGCCCUGCUGAGUUUAGCUCCAACUUGCCUCAACACACCUGCCAGGAAGUUUCUAGUGUAUCGAGCUAGAGCUUGAUUAGCUGCUUUAGGUGUGUUUGAUAAGGGUUGGAGAUGAACUCUCCAGGACACCGGCCCUCCAGGACUGAGUUUGGACACCCCUGGUAUAGAUUAAAUUAAAAUGGGUUUUUUGAGUAUGUUACAACACUUAUUAUGGGUUGUUUUUGUCAUCUGUGAAAGACUGGAGGAUUAAUAUAAAAUCUAAUGUGAGUAAAUAUUGGUUUGGAUCAAUAAAAUUGAUACCGCUCUUGUCUUAAA